AUGCCCCGCCGCAGCAGCACAUCCACGCGUUCAUACGACACCGCAACCACAGACACACUUCUAGAGAAGGUGCAAUGGCCAUCAACGUUCAGUGAUGGCUUAGCGCUACCGAAAAUUGUCGUGUUUGACCUCGACUACACGUUAUGGCCCUUUUGGGUAGACACGCAUGUCACAGGGCCUAUAAAGGCUACAGAAGGUGGAUUGAAGGUCAAGGACCGCUACGGAGAGGUCUAUGGCUUCUACAACGAUAUUGGUGAAAUACUUGUAGCCCUCAAAGCGAAGAACAUCUUGGUUGGCGCCGCCUCACGCACACACGCACCUGAACUUGGUCGCGAGAUGCUCGAGCUUCUCAAAGUACCCAGCUCAUCUGGCUCGUCCACCCGCGCAAUCGACUACUUCGAUCAUUUGCAGAUCUACCCUGGUAGCAAAACCGCCCACUUCGAGCGCAUACACCGAGAUAGUGGAAUAGACUACGAGGAGAUGCUGUUCUUCGAUGACGAGAGCAGAAAUAAGAACGUGGAAGUAUUGGGCGUCACGAUGAAGCUUGUACCAAGAGGCGUGUCUAGAGAUGUCAUCGAUGAGGGUGUCAGAAGCUGGAGGAAACGGCACGGUAGAGAGCAUGCCUAG